GGAAGGAGGCAGUAGCAGUCAGUACCUCUCUCCCUCUGGAUCUAAGCAUAUAGAACAGAGGCACCUGGAGUCCUUGCUGUUUCACACCCCUCUCUAUCUCUCGAUUUCUGCAUCUGCAGGCCAACCAGAGAGCCAGCCGGAGCUGUUGUUGGUGCUUCUACAGGGAUCUGCUUUGGCUCAGUGAGAGGAGGCCGUAACUCACCUGCGCUCACAGACACACACACAGAGACAAACAGCCAGACAGACACACACUCAAGGUUUCCUGGCCCAUCCCCCUCACACACACCUUUGGAGUGCACUGUGAGAGAGGAGGAGAGGAGUACACCGUGCUGGUUCUACUCUAUAGUAAUGUCGUGGGACUGUGGCCUGAAGUACAUGUUCUCUGUGUCCCCGGCGCUGAAGCCGGGGGGUGUGUGUGCCCUGCACGACAAGGACGACCUGUCCCAUCUGGAGAUGGUCCAGAGACUGGCCAAGGACGGAUGUCGCUUCCUCCAGAACCACAACAGCAGCAGCAAGGCCGCCCCGGAGAGGACAGCAGAGGCCCACAGUGACGAGGCAGUCCGUGUAUGUCUGCGGGAGCGGGGCCAGGAGGUGCUGGUGCUCCAGAGAGUGUCGUCACAGCGGCCAGCCCCCUCCGCAUCGGCCAGGGGAGGGGGGGGGCCCGAGGAGGGGGACAGGAGGUACGUGGUGGUAUCAGGGACCCCAGAGAAGAUCCUAGAACACCUGCUGUCUGUCAUGAGGCUGGACAACCACCGUGAUCCAGGGAGCACACAGCAGAUCAAGGAGUCAGAGCCUCUCCUGGAUGACUUCCUGCUGACAUACCUGGUGUUCAUGUCAACCAGUGAUCUGUGUCAGGCUCUCCUGGGACACUAUUGUUCAAAGAGACACCACCGGGGGAAAGAGGAAGGGAAGGAGGUUCUGGACAGGAAACGGCAGGUCCUGCACCUCGUGACACAGUGGACAACACUGUACAGGGACUUCCUACGAGAAGACGAGCAUGUUAAACUCUUCAUGAAGACAUUGUAUCGUUUCCUCCUGGAUGACCUGUAUGAGUAUCCAACUCUAGAGAAGGAGCAGAAGGACCUGCAGAAACUCCUGCGGCUGCAUCGCAGACAUACAUUGGAGGAGUAUUCACCCCACAGAAAGAGCAAAGCUCUUUCCCAUCAGCUGAGCCUGAAAGAGAACGUGCUCCUGACCAGAGGAACACAAAGGGAGACCAGGGAAGUGUUGUGUCAUGUGUACGUAAGCAUGGACUCAUAUCUGAGUGUGAGAAGCCUGGCCAGUGUUGUGGCCCAGGGGCUGCUGCAGGAGGUGGCUGAGAGACUGGAUGUCCCCCUGGAGGAGCUGGUCCUGCUGGCUGUCACCUACCCUGGAGAGAAACUCCUCCUGAAGCCUCAGGACAGGCUCUACUCUGAUUCGCUGACAGCAGUGGGGAGGCUGCACGUGUGCAGAAAGGACCUGAGUGAAGUCAUGAGCCCGUUCACAGACAACGCAGAGCUACAACAGAGGUCAGCUCGCAUGCUGAGUAUGAACACAUGGGACGUGGCUGUCACCCUUACAAACUUUGACUGGAGUGUCUUCAACUCAAUACAUGAGCAAGAGCUGGUGUACUUCACGUUCAGCCGUCAUGUCAGCGGUGGCCACACGGUGGCGCUGGAGCUGCUGCUGCAGCGCUGCAAUGAGGUACAGCUGUGGGUGAUGACAGAAGUCCUGAUGUGUCCUACGCUCUGCAACAGAGUCCAGCUCAUCAAGAAGUUCAUCAAAAUCGCUGCCCACUGUAAAGCCCAGAGGAACCUCAACUCUUUCUUUGCCAUCGUUAUGGGUCUGAACACCGCAGCAGUUAGCCGCCUCAGUCAGACCUGGGAGAAAGUUCCAGGAAAAUUCAAAAAGCUGUUUUUGGAACUGGAGAUGUUGACAGACCCCUCUCUCAACCACAAAGCCUACAGGGACGCUUUCAAGAAGACCAAGACGCCCAACAUCCCUUUCCUUCCUCUGAUACUGAAAGAUAUCACUUUCAUUCACGAGGGCAACAAAACAUUUCUCGAUAACCUGGUGAAUUUUGAAAAGCUGCACAUGAUAGCCGACACGGUGCGUCUCAUCAGACACUGUCAGGAGGAUCACAUGGGGAACGGGAUGCCCCAGAAGAGCAGUCCGGAGGUGCAGGCCUAUGUCGACUACCUUCACGUCAUUGACAAUCAGCAGACUCUGUUUGAACUGUCCCACAGACUGGAACCCCGUGUGUAGAUAGACCACAUACACUCUCUGAGCCUGCCUCCCUCCACCCCUCGAAGUCAGACCACCAAGGAGAAGGGUACCAACUAGUCUCUGGAAACACCCCUCAGGACUCAUAGAGAAACAUGGGUUGGCCACUCUACAGAGCCCAGCUCUAACACACACACACACACACACAUUAAUCAGCUGCUUACACAGCAGGACUUUGAUGAGUUGAAUUAGGUGGGUUAAUGCAGGACUGGAACAAAAGCCAGAGGGAUAGGGUUGGCUAGAGCUGACAGAGAGAUGACUGUGUGGCGCUGGUCAACCACUAGAUGGCGCCAAAAGGCAUACUGGAAUACUGAGCAACGAUGGAGCAGAGGUAACCAAAGAGCUUCUCAGUUUAACAAAUAGAUCUGGACCUGUAUUGAUCAAAGGAUCCCAGAGUAGGAGUGCUGAUCUAGGAUUUGUUUAGCCUUUUGGAUCAUAAUGAAUGGACAGGGACCUAGAUCAGCACUCCUACUCAGUGAUGUCCUGGUAGAUAAAUAGGUGGAUAAACUUGGAGUGCUGGUCGCAGUGAAAAAAGUAACGCUUCCUAUUCUUUCAAUGUAUUUUUCUGCAAAAUGUGGGUACAUUGUUGGGGCCCUCCCCCCAAAAAAGGUGGGUACAUCAUUGGGGCCAUCCCCCAAAAAAGGUGGGUACAUUGUUGGGGCCCUCCCCCAAAAAAGGUGGGUACAUCGUUGGGGCCAUCCCCCAAAAAAGGUGGGUACAUUGCUGGGGCCCUCCCCCAGAAAUGUGGGUAAAUUGCUGGGGCCCUCCCCAAAAAUGUGGGUACAUUGCUGGGGCCCUCCCCCAGAAAUGUGGGUAAAUUGCUGGGGCCCUCCCCAAAAAUGUGGGUACAUUGCUGGGGCCCUCCCCCAGAAAUGUGGGUAAAUUGCUGGGGCCCUCCCCAAAAAUGUGGGUACAUUGCUGGGGCCCUCCGCCAAAAAUGUGGGUACAUUGCUGGGGCCCUCCCCCAAAAAUGUGGGUACAUUGCGUUUACCCUCCACUACACCAGUGAUCCUACUCUGAGACUCUUUAUGAAUAUGGACCCUGCUUCAGUCACUCUGUAUUGAUAGCUUCAGGUUGUUGUUAUCUGCUUCCAAACAGGUGACCACUCCCUGAUUAUCUAUCUACACAAUGAAUGAAAGCAUCAACCUUCUGGGGACUUGAACACCAGGACACUACACUUGACAGACCUCCAGUGCAUGACCACCACACACUGGACUGCUGUUAAGCUAAAUGGAUUUAAACAACAAU